GCAAGGAAAGCAUUAUAAAGUUCAAAGAAGAAGUUAAAAAUGGUAAAAGAGCAGAUUUAACAAAAACAGAGAAAUCGGAAGGGUGGGACAAAUUAGUUCAUAUCAAACAGGCAAAAAUUGUUCGGUCUAAAGAUCGAAUUGAUUCUACAAUGCAAAAAUUGCGAUCGAAAGGUUAUGGAUUUCUUGAAUACACACAACAUUCACAUGCAUUAGCAGCAUUGAGAUAUCUUAACAAUAACCCAGAUAUAUUUGGUGAAAAGAGGAGGUUUAUUGUAGAAUUUGCAAUUGAGAACAAUAUUAUUCUUAAAAAACGGACUGGGUUAUCAAGGGAUGAAAGUAAUAAUAAUUUGAAGAGAAAGGUGGAGAUGAUUAAAUCUGAGGAUCAAACUAAAAAGAAAGUAAAAACUUUUCAUAAAAGGUCGCCAAAGUCCAGAGUUAAUAAAAAAACAACAUAUAACAGGCGCAAAUAA